AUGAAUGGACGGUCUUUGACUGGCGGCGCUGGUGACGCCCGUCAUGGUCCUGUUUGGAAGGACUCUUUUGGAACUAAAGCUGGUGAAGCAGCGCGCAGAGGCAUCGCCCGGCUAAGCUUGGCCCUGGCAGAUGGGUCGCAGGAACAGGAGCCAGAGGAAGAGAUAGCCAUGGAGGACAGCCCCACUAUGGUUAGAGUGGACAGCCCCACUAUGGUUAGGGGUGAAAACCAGGUUUCACCAUGUCAAGGGAGAAGGUGCUUCCCCAAAGCUCUUGGCUAUGUCACCGGUGACAUGAAAGAACUUGCCAACUGGCUUAAAGACAAAACCGUGUUGCUCCAGUUCAUUGACUGCAUUCUUCGGGGCAUAUCCCAAGUGGUGUUCGUCAACAACCCCAUCAGUGGAAUCCUGAUUCUGGUAGGACUUCUUGUUCAGGACCCCUGGUGGGCUCUCACUGGCUGGCUGGGAACAGUGGUCUCCACUCUGAUGGCCCUCUUGCUCAGCCAGGACAGGUCAUUAAUAGCAUCUGGGCUCUAUGGCUACAAUGCCACCCUGGUGGGAAUACUCAUGGCUGUCUUUUCGGACAAGGGAGACUAUUUCUGGUGGCUGUUACUCCCUGUAUGUGCUAUGUCCAUGACUUGCCCAAUUUUCUCAAGUGCACUGAAUUCCAUGCUCAGCAAAUGGGACCUCCCUGUCUUCACCCUCCCUUUCAACAUGGCGUUGUCAAUGUACCUUUCAGCUACAGGACAUUACAAUCCGUUCUUUCCAGGCAAACUGGUCAUACCUGUAACUACAGCUCCAAAUAUCUCCUGGUCUGACCUCAGUGCCCUGGAGUUGUUGAAAUCUAUACCAGUGGGAGUUGGUCAGAUCUAUGGCUGUGAUAAUCCAUGGACAGGGGGCAUUUUCCUGGGAGCCAUCCUACUCUCCUCCCCACUCACGUGCCUGCAUGCUGCCAUAGGAUCAUUGCUGGGCAUAGCAGCGGGACUCAGUCUGUCAGCCCCAUUUGAGGACAUCUACUUUGGACUCUGGGGUUUCAACAGCUCUCUGGCCUGCAUUGCAAUGGGAGGAAUGUUCAUGGCGCUCACCUGGCAAACCCACCUCCUGGCUCUUGGCUGUGCCCUGUUCACGGCCUAUCUUGGAGUCGGCAUGGCAAACUUCAUGGCUGGGGUUGGAUUGCCAGCUUGUACCUGGCCCUUCUGUUUGGCCACGCUAUUGUUCCUCAUGAUGACCACAAAAAAUUCCAACAUCUACAAGAUGCCCCUCAGUAAAGUUACUUAUCCUGAAGAAAACCGCAUCUUCUACCUGCAAGCCAAGAAAAGAAUGGUGGAAAGCCCUUUGUGAGAACAAGCCCCAUCUGCAGCCAUAGUCACGAGUCAUUUCUGCCUGAGUGCUCCAGCUAACUUCCAGGGUCUCAGCAAACUGCUGUUUUUCACGAGUAUCAACUUUCAUACUAACGCGUCUGUAAUCUGUUGUUAUGCUCAUUUUGUAUUUUCCUUUCAAGUCCAGGAAUAUCCUCAAGCAUAUGAGAGCCAUAUUCAGGUGAUGUGCUCUGGUAUGGAAUUUGAAACCCCAGUGGGGCCUUGGCACUAAGACUGGAAUGUAUAUAAAGUCCAAGUGCUCCAACAGAAGGAGGAAGUGAAAACAAACUAUUAGUAUUUGUUGAUAUUCUUGGUGUUUAGCUGGCUCGAUGAUGUUAACAGUAUUAAAAAUUAAACCCCAUAAACCAACUAAGCCUUAUGGAAUUCACAGUCACAAAAUCGAAGUUAAUCCAGAAUUCUGUGAUAAGCAGCUUGGCUUUUUUUAAAUCAAUGCAAGUUACACAUUAUAGCCGGAAUCUAUAUCACAGAAGUGCAAGCUGACAGCUGAGCUCGGUCCCCACUUCCUGCAAACAAUGGCCUGCACCCUAUCCCUUGUGUGUGUGACAUUCUCUCAUGGGACAGUUUUGGGGUUUUUCAGACUGACAGGACUACAAGAGGGAGAAAGGAAUUUUGUCAAUCAAAAUUAUUCUGUAUUGCAACUUUUCUCAGAGAUUGCAAAGGAUUUUUUAGGUAGAGAUUAUUUUUCCUUAUGAAAAAUGAUCUGUUUUAAAUGAGAUAAAAUAGGAGAAGUUCCUGGCUUAAUCUGUUCUUACAUAUUAAAGAAAAGUUACAUACUGUAUUUAUGAAAUACUCAGCUUAGGUAUUUUUACUUUAACCCCUAAAUUGAUUUUGUAAAUGCCACAAAUGCAUAGAAUUGUUAUCAACCUCCAAACGGCUUUUUAAAAUCAUAUUUUUUAUUCAUUUGAGGAUGUCUUAUAAAGGCUGAAGGCAAAGGUCAGAUUCCUUAUGGGUGUUAUUUUUAUAAGUUGUUGAAUUUAAUUUAAAAAAGCUCAUUAUUUUUUGCACACUCACAAUAUUCUCUUUCAGAAAUCAAUGGCGUUUGAACCACCAAAAAGAAAUAAAGGGCUGAGUGUGGUGGCUCACGCCUGUAAUCCCAGCACUUUGGGGAGUCCAGGCGGGCAGAUUGCUUGAACCCAGGAAUUCAAGACCAGCCUGGGCAGCAUGGCAAAACCCCAUAUCUACAAAAAAUACAAAAAUUAGCCAGG